AAAAACAGAAAAAUAGUGCCUACCACGAAAAUGCCUAUACACAGAACCUUAUAGUUCUUAUAUCCUCACCCUCUUGUUUUUGCUCGACUUUUACAGUUCUACUUAUAUACAAAAAUGCUUCUUUGCAUCUCUUGGGUAGUUAUUUGUUCGAAACAAAUAUAUUCCAAGUCAGUAAAAGCUAAAAGUGGAAAAAUAAACCAAACGAAACCGAAAAAAAAAAAAUAAAUAAAAAGACGCCAGAAGCGCACCACUGUGUGCUGCGGUGGGUAUGGGUCUAUAUAGUAACUACCUUUUUGCAACAUUGCUCCUAGUUACACAUUCCAAGGAGUAUUGAUUAAACGACUCCUGCGAGGACGACGACGUCAGUUCGACUUAGUAACACGUUUGAUUACGUAUAGUAAACAAGGGGCAAGUCGUAAAACAAGUCACAUUCUCCUUGAAAUUCGAAGGACUUCGAUCCCCUAGUGAGCGACAACGACGAUAAACACAAAACAAAGGACAUCACAUCAUCAGAAAGAAGCGGCUGUAUAACCUUAAAUAAAUACAAAAAAAAAACAAAAAAAAAAGCAAUGGAUGAGCAUAAAGUUACAAAGAAGUCCUGUACCGCAAUACUCUGCGAGCUGACACGUUUAAAAUCUCAACAAAAGUAUCUCGAAUGCAGUCAAGUUAAAUCGAAUCCUGAUAAUUUCGGUUCUGUUGAUGAAGAUGUUAAUGGUAGUGGCAAUGGCGAUGGUGUUUAUUCCAUUAUUCGAGAAAUUGAAGACUUAAAGAUCACGUUGGCCAGAGAUUUGGAAGAAAAAAAGAUGUCUGUCAAACGUGAGGUCGAAAACAUGUGGAUUUUUGUAAAUGCUAUACGAGAUGAUGUACUUGAUGGAGAACGUUUGAAACAAUAUUCUGUACAAUCAAUUAGAGAUAGAAUUCUUUCUAUUAACUCAAUGUUGGGGAAAUUAAAUGAAAUUAAUGAGCAGACUUUGAAGGAUGUCCAACGGAAGAUUGUUGAAAUUGAAAAUGAUACGAAGUUUUUAUUGAAAUAGAAUUUUUGUAAAAUUUUGUUUGACAACUUAUUUGAAGUUUAUAUCAAA